GCAACUUGWGAAUGUGUAUUUGAUUUUAGGCAACGCAGUUCACSAUAUCAAUCAUUUAAAAAYCUGUUACUAAGCAGUCAGUCAAGGCUCCUAUUAUCURGAGGAUGGAUGACUAUGAGAAAAUUCGUAUUGUUGGUCGUGGUGCUUACGGAACGGUUUACUUGUGYCGUCGUCGACUUGACAACUAUCUGGUAAUCAUAAAACAGAUUCCUGUYGAAGAAAUGACCAAAGACGAACGCCAGUCUGCACUCAAUGAGGUCCAUGUUCUUUCAAAAUUCAAACAUCCCAACAUCAUUCGAUAUUUCAAYAGUUUUGUUGAGGAUAAGGCGUUGAUGAUUGUYAUGGAAUAUGCGCAAGGUGGGACAAUAUAUGACUAUUUACAGCAGCGAGGAGGGAAACUAUUAGAUGAAGAUGAAAUCCUCCGUUUGUUUGUUCAAAUACUUCUGGCCCUUGACCAYGUUCACAAGGAAAGCAUUCUUCACAGAGACCUUAAAACACAAAACAUAUUACUGAAUAAAAAGAGGAAAGUCGUUAAAAUUGGUGACUUUGGAAUUUCGAAAAUUUUGAGCAGUAAAAGCAAAGCAAAUACUGUAAUUGGGUCACCUUGUUACAUCUCACCUGAGCUGUGYGAAGGGAAACCAUACAAUCAAAAGAGCGAUAUCUGGGCUUUGGGAUGUGUUUUGUAUGAACUUGCUGUAUUAAAACGUGCCUUUGAGGCUACUAAUCUCCCCGCUUUAGUGCUGAAAAUCAUAAGAGGAAACUUUUCACCAAUUCCAGAAAGGUAUAGCUUAGAGCUGCGGGAAUUGAUUCUAAGCAUGUUGUCAUUGGAUCCUGCAAAGAGACCUGGGAUACCACAGAUUAUGGCUCAGCCUGUAGUUGUAAAUGCACUGUUUGAUCUGCCGACUGAUGUUGGACGUGUUCCUUGUACUCGCAUCCCGAGGGCAUUCACAGGAAUUUCUGCUGCCAUUCCACCAUCACGUUCCAAAUCAACAUCAGCUGCAAUUGGUAAAGGCGUGUCACAGCUCCCUCGUACAGCAUCGUCAAAUUCUGCCUGUACUAUCAUGGAAGGGCUGCCUGACAAUCUUGGCUCUUUUUCAUUAAAGCCAGCAGAGCCCCAGCAUAUUGUGUUCCAUUGGGGAGGUGGUGUAAAUAAACCAACAAAACUCCAUAUUCCUCAAAAUGAUUCUGAUAUCAUACAAGUUUCUGCAGGACGUACUCUUAAAACAGGUGUAACRGCUAAUGGUCACAUGAUACUUUGGGAAGCMAAYGUAGCCAUGGGAACAAAUGAAUGGGUUCCUAGRAUCUUGGAGGGCCAAUCAGGUGUCACCAUUGUGCAAGUGUCCUGUGGGGACCUUUUUGUCGCUUGCUUGACCGACAGGGGUAUAUUAAUGACAUAUGGUAGCGGUAUGCAUGGUUGUCUGGGACAUGGUAAUACAAAUGAUAUCAACCAAGCCAAGAUAGUUGAGGCUUUGCUUGGUUUUGAAGUAGAGCAAGUUUCUUGUGGACCUUCACACAUCAUGGUUGUGACUGCUGACCAUGAGGUGUUUGCCUGGGGRCGUGGUGACAAUGGUCGCUUAGGCACAGGUACCCAAUUGCUACAUGCCAGUCCUGUAGCAGUAGCCCUUCCAGAUACGUUCAGAGCGCGGUCAGUACAUUGUGGUGUUGACAGUUCAAUGGUUAUUACUUUGAACAACAAACUUUUGGCUUGUGGAAGCAAUAGAUGUAAUAAGCUUGCYUUGGAUGAUGGAACAAACAUGAUUGAGGAAUGCUUGGUGUUUGAACCUGUUAUUAAAAMUCUYGAGRCAUUUUCUGUCACAGCUAUCUCUAUGGGAACAUCACACACUGCUGUACUGCUUGAGGAUGGAAGGUGCUUCACAUUUGGCUCCAAUUCAUUUGGACAACUUGGUUAUGAAAGACAGACUGGCACACGUUUACCACAGUGUGUYGAAAGCCUUACUGAUGAAAACAUUGUGCAUAUUGCUUGUGGAGAUACAUUCACUGUUGCAGUCAGCAGCAAUAAUAAAGUGUUUACAUGGGGAAAGGGAGCYAGGGGACGUCUUGGUAGCGGUGCUGAAGAAGAYUGCAUUUUACCAAAUCAAAUUUCUUUGCCAUCGCAAUUGACUGUUUUGUCAGUGUCAUGCAGUCAUAGCAGUACAUUGUUAUGUGGGAAAGUUGUGGACAGAAACUAGCUAAGGCAUUACUUAAAAUUAUAAAUUAUAGUCCAUGGUUUGUGCAGUCUUGGCAAGGGACAAACCAAGGUCUUCUUUUCAAGGACAAGGCUCAACAAUUCUACUGAACUUUUUAUGAAUUCGCAUAGUUUAGACAGUGAUUUUGAGUUUUCAUCAAGGCAGUCGCAGCUAAAGCAUGCUUUUCUCAUGCAUGGAAGAGGAAUCAUAAUUGAGAAAAAAAGAGUAGUCAUUGAGCUUCCUUUCCUGCCUUAUUUUUAUCGCAUUUGGUUGGUCACUUUGCU